GUAGUCCAUGUGACAUCAGUGGGUUAGUUAGAAGUUUUUGAAGCAAAAUACAUUUUGGCAUUUCAGCAGGGAGCAAAAGCAUCAUGAGAGACGACGUUAAAUUACCUCAUGUCUCAAAGCACUUAACAUUACAAUAAUAAUGAACAUAAACUACCCUAAGAGCACUGACCUGUACCACCUGACUGCUGCAAAUUAAUUUCGCCGUUGAUAGUGUUGCCACUGAAACACAUAAAUUCGAGUCAUUCGAGAUCUAGAGAUGAUCGUAGGUACAUGCAGAUAAUCAGCAGACGGGUAGGUCAUGUAAUAAAAACUAGCAUUGAUUAUUUGAAAACACAGUUGGUCGUGUCUUAAAUUAAUGUAACCAUAAGUAUAUUCUGUCUGUGCGUUCGUUCUUAAAGUGACAGCAGCCUAAUAAACCUGCUGCUGUCUGUCACUCACUGCUCCUGACUGAAUAAAUUUAGUAUCUUUAUAAGGAUCAUCAAUCUAUAUUUAAUUGUUACAGUGAGCACUUCAAAUGAAUGCGUGUAAAUUUUGUUGAAUUUUUGCAUUUUCAAAUUACAAAUUACUUGUAUUGUAACUAAAUACAUUUUGAUGUAUUUGUGCCCAUCUCUGUUUUCAGAGAAGUUUUACAGAGUUUCAAACACACUGUACUUCAUACCUCACAGCCUCAUCUUCAUUUCUGUCAGAAGAUAACUGUUCAUCAUUUAAAUCAAAAGCACACUGCUCAGAUCUAGCGGUGGAGAGAUGAAGCUUCAUGAAGUUUUGAAGCUUUCCAGCCAGAUUGGUUUCAUAAUGUUUCAUAAUUUUGUAUGAAACUGGGCAGUGCUUUUGUUGAACAUACAGAAAUGAAGUUCUUUAGGCUGGAUAAAGGAGGUGAAAGUGAUGAAGAUGGACUGGACAGAGAGAAGUGGAAGAACUUGUGUAACAUAAGGGAAAAACUGUCUAUAUGAUCCCAGUCUACAGUCACUAUAUAUCAACUCUAGCUGGAUUUAAACACUCAGAUCAGAGGAAGUUCUCAACCACAGGAAGGGCUGGUAGUGUCUAGAGGUAUAACUAUAUAAAGAAGAGGAAGACUGACAGAAACAAAAAAUGUCUGAUAAGUGUGAUCUGUGUCUGCUGGGGCUGAUCAUUCUCUCUUCACUUCAUACAGGUAAAGAAAUCUGGAUUUUCUCAAAAGACAUUUAGUGGAAUUAAUCUGGAAAGAGUUGAUUUGAAUAUGCUCAGUUUAUUCUUGCACACAUUCACGUUGUGAUCUCAUGUGUAUUGAUACAUACAGAUCAUACUGUAUUAUUCCUGAUACUGGACAUAGAGUCACUCAAACAUCUGAUGAUCAACAGUUAUCUUCAUAUUCAGAGAUUUCAACAGCUCUCUGAUCAAGACAAAUACUUUAUUCUGGAGAGAGUAAUGUUUGUGUUAAUGAGGGAAAAAAAGACUUUGAUUCUUCUGCUUUUAUGUUUUAAUUUAUUAAUAUAGAUCAUAAUGAUCAUUCUAAUGUAGAGAGCGUGUACCAGUGGAGUGAGUUCUGAUGUGUUCAUCAGUUCUGGUGAAAAUGUCCGUCUGCCCUGUAAUAAUCUUUUUUUCUGACUGCAACUCAACUACAUGGAUCUACUUUAACAGAUUCAGACAUUCACCAGCAGUUGAACUGAUUGAUCGAGGAAAGAAGAAAGACACAGAGAGACAUGAGAGAUUGAGUCUGGGGUCUGACUGCUCUCUGAACAUCAAGAACGUCUCAGAAGAAGAUUAUGGAUUAUACAUCUGCAGACAAUAUGUGAAUGGACAACAACAAGGAACUGUGACUCUCUCCUGUCGGUUGUAUUCAGUUUUCUGUGAUUAUUGGGUCCAUUCUGAUGAACUUCAGCUGUCAUGGGUGAAUCAGGCUGGUGUUGAUCUGAAGACAGACUCCAGAUAUCAGAUAUUAUUCUCAUUAGAUCACUGUAUCAUCACUCUGACUACAACACUCUUGAAUGAAGAUGACAACAGAGAGUGGAGAUGUCGGCUUACUCUCAGAAAUCAAGUCAAGACCUCAGUCAGAUACACUGUCAAGUAUUCAGUCAGCAGCUCAAACUCUGAGAAGAAAUCAAGCCAAACUACAGCAGCAGCUCCUACACAAGGUCCAGCUGACACAGCAUCAGAAACUGAAGUCAGUGUGACUGCUGGAUCAUUUUUCAGAGUGAUUGUGAUCAUUGUUGAGAUGGCAGUGUUUGCUGCUCCUACUGUGAUUCUUCUUCAGAUCAUCUGUGCAAGAAGACCUGGGAGGAAGGACUCGCAGCACCCAGAGGAAAUAGAGAUGCCUACAAUAUUACAAUAAAAUACUGCUGAGUUUGGAGACCAUCUGAAACAAGAUUUAAAACAGCAAAAACUCACAGAUGAUUCAUUGUUUGACUUUCUUCUUCUCAGAAAACUGAGAAAAGACUCCCUGAAGAAGUUUAGCUUAAAAUAUAUUUUACAAAUAAAAAACAGAUUUAUGUUCAUUUAUAUGGUUUUAUGGAUAUUUUCCUACAGUGUUGAAUGUCAUUUUCUUGUGGUUCAUAUAUAAACUGCUUUAAUGGACAGACUGUUUGUUCUGUGUGAUGAAGAUGAUUUAGUGAUUCUUUUCAUUCCUGUCUGUAGCAUCUUUUUGUCAUUUUUUGAAUGAUUGCUUCUAAUUUUCUUAAUAAAACCUCUAUAAUUGUUUAAUAUGUGUCCUUUCCUGAGAUCUUUGUUACAAGUAUGGUGAUUCAUGAGCUUGUAAUGUGAAGAUGAACAAAUGAUUGAUUCAUGUUCAUAAUAAUUAAACUUUAUUUUGAUUAGUUCAGAAAUCCACUUUGAUAAACUAAUGACUUUUACAGACUUCUUCUCAGACUUUUUACAGACUUUUUCAUCUUCUCUCAUGGCCGGGUUA